AUGAUGUCGCGCAACUUCUUGGUGGACUCUUUGAUCGGCGCCAAUGCCGCCGCGGCCGCCGCCGGUCCGGACGGCUAUCGGAUGCCGCCCCAGUUCUGCAGUCGCAACAUGCCGAAUUUCAACAUGUUCAAUUUUUUGAACUUCACGUAUCAGCAGCAUCAUCCGGCGGCGAGGAAUCAGUUGACCGGUUGCAAUCAGGUUCCCCAGCAAUAUCCACCGAGCCCGGCUUUGGUCGGCUCGCCGAUGGCUCCGUUGCCGCUCGCCGCGGAUCCCAUGUACAGAAUGCCCUCGCCCAGUAACGAAAAAUCAUUGUCCUUCAAUUAUCCAGAAAGGCACCCUACGGCCGCCGAAUCGUCGCCGUCGCGCGAGAGUCUCUGCUCGACGCCGUCCACGCCUCUCUCGCCGGAAAAGCCCGGGGACUCGUCGUCGAUCACAGGCGGCACGACGAUUUCCAACAGCUCGAAGCGCAUCCGCACGGCCUUCACGAGCACUCAGCUGCUCGAGCUCGAGCGCGAAUUCUCCGCGAACAUGUAUCUGACGCGGCUGAGGCGGAUCGAGAUCGCCAGGACUCUGCGCCUCUCCGAGAAGCAAGUGAAGAUCUGGUUUCAGAAUCGACGGGUGAAGCACAAGAAGGAGGACAGCCCGGGUACGGGCGCGGCUAGUGCGGGUUCCGGUAACGGAGCCAAGUGCUGCUGCCUGCGCACCUGCAAAAAGACCGCCGAGUGCGCGAAAGAGGACGUCGACGCCGCCGCCGAUCUGAGCGUCAAGGAGGACUCGCGGGACUCGCAGGAGGACACGAAGAUGUGCGUCGAGUCGGACGACGAUCGUUCGUCCAAAAGAAAGAGAGAGGACAAUGACAGCGCGAGCGAGGAGACGGCAGCGGCGGCUUACAAGAGGAUUAAAAUCAUGCAGGCAGCUGACGACUUGACGCUCGAGAAAGAUUUAAUAAUGAGCUCGCGUAGAAAGUCGUGCACGAAUCAUUCCGUCGAGAGUAUGGUCAAGUCGUGA